AUGAGUACAUUUCUGAUUCUGGCGCUGCUUGCGAUGAUUAGUGGAAGCCAUAUUCUGCCAACAGUUGCACAGUGGGAAGAAGAUCCUGAGCAGACUCCAGGCUUCUUCGAAGGCGAUAUCGUCUUGAGACCGAAAAGCCGAAAUUGUAUGAGCAAUGCAACUCAAUAUUGGCCAGACGGUAUUGUCUACUACAAGUUUUGGGAAGGAUUUGAUGAUGUACGAAAGGAUUUCAUACGAAAAGCGAUGAACAUUGUUGAAGAAGGUUCGUGCAUACGUUUCAAAGAAGCGGACGAAGACCAGCCGUAUUUUGUCAAUAUAACGGGAAAUCCUGGUGGCUGUUAUUCAACUGUUGGUUUUGUGGAGGACAUUUCUGUAUUAAAUUUACAGAAGCAUGCCUUAAAUACGGGCUGCUAUCGAACCGGUAAAAUAAUUCAUGAAUUGCUGCAUGCACUCGGUUUCUAUCACAUGCAGAGCACUUACGAUCGGGACGACUAUAUUCGGAUAGCCUAUGAGAAUGUUGAGCCAAACUUUGUGCAUGACUUUACAAAAUACUCCAAGGACUUUGUUGAAGACUUCGGUGAAAAAUAUGACUACGGUAGUAUUAUGCAUUAUUCGCCGCAUGCCUUCUCGGCAAAUGGUGCAAAAACUAUAGUGCCGUUGCAAGAAAUACCGGAGGGUUUAAUGGGUCAGCGCAAGGUUUUAAGUACAGUUGAUUUAAUCAAGUUGAACAAAAUGUAUAAAUGCCCUGAGUUACAAGUGAAGGAAUGAGAAU